AUAGCACUACAUUACCAACCAUAUCUCGCAUACCCAAAACUGAGGAUAGAUUGGAGGGAGCCAAAUCAUAUAUAAGAGUAAGACUAGACCAUUGACAUCUAUAUCACAACUAUAACAACUGUAAAUCAUGCAACACCACGAAGGUCACUCAGAAACCCAUUCAGGUCCGCAUGCUCAUCACGAGCACCACCAUGGGCACGAUUUCGCAGAGGCCAACAGGCAGCAUUUCAACCAAACAGCCCAUACGUAUAAUGAUGUCCCCCAGGCCAGGGAGCGUGGUCGCAGAAUCGCUGAGGAGAUGAGAAAGGUGUACACGUUCAGUGAGGACACCACAACUGUUAUGGAAUAUGCUUGCGGCACUGGUCUAGUCUCGCAAGAGCUGGCACCCUAUGCAAAAGCCAUCGUGGGUAUUGAUAUCAGCCAAGGCAUGGUCGAUCAGUAUAAUCAGAGCGUCGCGAAUCAAGGACUAGCGCCAGAGGAGAUGAAAGCGGUAUGUGUCGAAUUAAAGGGAGAGGAGGGCGAGUUGGAUGGGGCAAAGUUCGACGUGAUAGUCUGUGCUUCGGCUUACCACCACUUCAGCUCCAUCGCCGACGUCACUCGUACCUUGGCGUAUUUCCUUAAACCUGGUGGUUCGCUCUUAGUAGCAGACCUCAUGAAAGGGGUCGAGGGGGGUGAAAUCGUUACCCCUGAAGUACACCACAUGGUUCCACACAGAGGGGGCUUCGGAGAAGCAGAUAUCCGAGAGGUGUUUGAUGGCGCAGGUCUUGUCAACUUCACCUAUGGAAAGGCGGCCGAGGGUACGCACCUUGGACGUAAGAUCGAGCUCUUCAUUGCUAAAGGAGACAAGCUCGUUUGAUGGGAUAUAGGAAUGCAUUUGAUACCUGUUUGUAGAAAUAUAAAUCUAUGGAAAGUGAAUGUACAGUGAUUGAUAAAUUUAUUGAUAUAAUCGUUGUUUUUAAGUCGACGCA